UCGGGGAGAUGACUUGUAAUAGAAAAGAAUAGGAAAUUAUAAUUCAUAUUUCGACUCCAUUUAUAUAGGAAUUUAUAAAGUAAGGAAGAUGACAAUGACGACCCCAUUCGUAUCUGUUUGGCAAAAUAAUUAUUUAAAGAAACGAGUUAAACGGCUCUUAAAGAAUGACAUAAAUGGCUUUAGUUACUGUGAGUUAAAAAAAUCAAUUAAAAAUGUUGUAUUGACUCAGAAAUAACACCUAUUAUUGAACAGUAUUGAGGUUCAUAUCAGGCUUAUCCUGAUAACAAAUACAUUAACUAGUGGAAGGUGAGAGACAAUGAUCAUAAAUUAGGUGGGCUUGUUGACAACGAGGGGAUAUAGGGUCCAAUUGGUGAGUUGUAACGAUAAUGCGUUUAAUAAACCCAUAGGGGUCCAACUGGUGAGUUGUGACAAUAAUGUUUCUAAACCAAAAUAUUAGUUUGGUUGUAACAAGCAACUCCUUAAUGAAAUUUCCAUUUGACAUUAGUAACCACUGCAAUUUGCAAGCUGAACAAAUUGAUUGUAACUUGUAUUGAAUAAUAAUGAUUGGUAGUUCGCACUUGUUGGUUUAAUUAGUUAUUUGGUCAUUUAUCGUGUAUAACUUGCAUGAAACCAUUUCUGAGUCUUUUUCUUGAGAAAUAUUUCCCUGUAACCAUCAAAAUGGUGUAAAAUUUACUGAAAUUUGAGCAUUAUUUAGUUUCACGUAGCCACCUAGGAUGAUCAAAAUGCCCUCAGUUUAACCAAAUGGUCUUAUGACCUAUAGUCUAAUGAUAUAAUCUCUCAUUCCAGAAGGGGAGGUUGAGAGUUCGAGUCUCACUAGGGAGGCUGUGGAUAAUGGGUGUGUAGCUCGGCCGCUCUAAACCGAAGUAACUCUAAUUUUCUGAUCUAGCGAACCUUUGGACUGUCUCUACACCCCUAUCUCCUUUAUCACUGAUGUUUUUAUGCGUUGAGCGUAGCUUUGGAUGUCAAUGAAAUUAAAAUGACUGUUUUAUUUACAUAUCAUUUGGAGGUGAAAAUCCAUUAUUGAAGGAAAUUAGAGCCAUUGCCACAACUAGAUGAGUUUAAUAAUCUUUGUCAAAGUUUCUGCUUAUUACUCGUCAGUGGAUACCAAAAUGGACUCUUCAAAGGAAGAAGGAAGUUAUAGGAUAGUUAACAGGUAUUCUGCAUUAUGUUUCUGAUAUACUCAAGCAUAAAUCACUAUAAUUAAUGUUGUUAUAAUGUGAAUGUAAUGGACGUACACAAAUCUUAAUUUGUACUACUUUUUUUCUUUUUGUUUUCUUUAUUUUGGCCACAGUAUCAUAAUUUGUUAGAGGAAUCUUCGAUUGAAGAAAAGUCUCGAACUAUAUAUAUAUAUAUUUAUAUAUAUAUAUAUUUCUUUUAAUAUUUGUUCUUGUUUUUUACUCUCCAGAUUGAUAAUAGCUAUUUUCAAUCCCUUUUAAUACGAAGAAAUACUUCAUACAGAGACUAAUAAACUUAUCUUAGUCGGCAAUUUACACCCUUGCAUCAAUCCAGAGCUUCUUCGAUGUUUAUCAUGUUAUUAGACCUGAUAAAUUCAACAUGUUUGUAUAGCUUUGGCUGACCGAUUCAUCAGAAUAUUCAAUUUUUAUAUUCCCUUAUUAUAUCAUGAAAAAUUAGCUUGCAUUCAUUCAGAGGCAUAUCCCUAGCCGGCGCGAUUACAUUUUCCAUGCACGGUAUUAUGAUGAACAGCAAAGAGGACUCUUUCAUUCUCCUUCUUUCUAGCCUCUAUCUCUAUAUAAGCACUGCAUAUGUACUGGUACUUGUAUCACAACUGAAAUAUAUAUAAAGUUCUCGAUCUAUAUUGAUUAUUUGCAAUGGCCUCUUAUUUUAUUUUGUUAGCGACCUUGGCUAUAACUUGUUCUGUUGCUUUGGCAUCUGAUUAAAGUCCUCUUCAAGAUUUCUGUGUUGGAGACAAGAAUGGUCCAGUGCUAGUGAAUGGCAUGGUUUGCAAGGACCCCAAGCUUGUACAAGCCGACGAUUUCUUCUUCAGUGGGUUUCACAUGGCAGGCAACACGUCGAAUGCAGUUGGAUCAAAGGUGACUCCGGUAAACGUAGCUCAGAUAGCAGGACUCAACACUCUUGGCAUCUCCCUUGCACGUAUAGACUUUGCACCAUUGGGCAUCAACCCUCCCCACACGCAUCCUCGUGCUAGUGAAAUUUUGACAGUCCUUGAAGGCACCCUUUAUGUGGGGUUUGUCACCUCCAACCAGGAAAACCGUCUCAUCACUAGGAUACUUCGCGAGGGUGAUGCGUUUGUGUUCCCGGAAGGUCUUAUCCACUUCCAGAAAAACAUGGGAUUAAAGGCAGUUGCCGUUGCAGCUUUCAGCAGCCAAAAUCCUGGUGUUAUUACCAUUGCCAAUGCUGUCUUUGGAUCAAAACCAGACAUUUCUAGUGAUGUUCUAGAAAAGGCUUUCCAAGUAGACAAGAACAUAACCUAUCAGAUGCAGUCGCGGUUCUAGCCACUGGGCGGGCAACAUUUUGGAACUUCCAAGUCAAGAAGAAUGGCUCACUCAACUGGGUGUCUGGAAUGUUUACAUUAUGUUUGUGUUUGGCUUGCAAUUUGUUGAUUUCAUUUCUUUGUUAUAUUAAUUGAUUUUUUUUUUUUUUUUUUCCAAAGAGCAAUAAAAAUUUUGGGAUGCAAAUUAUAUAAUUGUCAAACACUGUGCUUGUGCAUAUUAUAACUGAGUGGUCAAGUAACUCUUCUCAAUUCUUCCUA